CACCUCCCUGGAGGCGCUUUGGGCAGAGUAAAGUGCAUGGCGUUAGCGCCGUGUGAACAGGCAGCAGGACAUUGAAGGGUAUCUCCCAACCAUCCUGCCAAGGACAGAGAUGACCACGAUGGCUCAGCAGUACCCAGCGUGGAUCUUUGUCAACGAGAGGACGUUCAUAACCAGGGAACAACUUAAUUCUUUACUGAAGACGUAUAACAUUUUUUAUGAGAGCCAGAAAAAUCUGCAUAUUUUAUAUGAUCAGACUGAAGAUGGCAAACUAAUUGUGGAAGGAAUGCUGGACAUUUUCUGGGGAGUAAAGCGGCCUAUACAGCUGAGAAUACAGGAUGAGAAGCAAAUCCCGGCCUUUACGAUGCUGAAGGCACCAGACUUCUUUUCCAGCAAAGGGAGAAUGACACGCUGGGGGGAGUUUGAUGAUCUUUAUCGUAUUGGUGAGCUGGACAGAGCCCAGAUCCCAGAGUCUGAAACAAAAGAUUCCCAGGAAGACGAUUCAUCUUAUCACAGCAGCACUCUGAAGCCACACACAAGUGACGAGCCGGGGUCCCCACUGCUCUACAGAACCAUGAGUGAGGCCACGCUGGUGAGGAAAAGGAUGAAGACUCCAGUGAUGGACAGAAAGGACAGGCGGAACCACAGGGCCUCUAUUAACGGACACUUCUACAACCAUGAAACAUCAAUUUUUACUCCUGCCUUUGGAUCAGAAACUAAGGUCAGAAUCAACAGUAACAUGAGAACUGAGGAAGUGAUCAAGCAGCUUCUCCACAAGUUCAAGAUUGAAAACAGUCCCCAGGAUUUUGCUCUUUACCUUAUUUUUGCAACAGGAGAACAGAGACGGCUAAAAAAGACAGACAUCCCCCUGCUGCAGAGGCUCCUGCAGGGACCGUCCCAAAGCAACGCUCGCAUUUUCCUCAUGGAUAAAGAUGCAGAAGAAAUUAGCAGCGAUGUGGCUCAGUAUAUUAACUUUCAUUUUUCUCUCUUGGAAUCCAUUCUUCAAAGAUUAAAUGAAGAAGAGAAAAGAGAGAUUCAAAGAACAGUGACCAAAUUCAAUACAGAAAAGGCUGUUAUACGGAAAUGUCUUCAGCACAAACAGGCAGUGAAAACAGAAACCACAGUGUAGCAGUCAGGCUGCUAUUGCUAAAACACUUCCACAGAGUUUUAGAUGUGACUGUGUGAUCUAUGCAUCAAUUCUGCACUUGCUUUCAUACAAAUAUUUAUGACCUUGGAUUUGUAGAAAAUUGAAUGUCAGAAAAGCUUGUUUCUCCUGAAGUGCUGAGAUUAACUAGGGCUCACAGCUGGACUAAAAUGAGCUUGAAUUUAGCUUCAGUAACUGAAAUAAGCCUGGAUACUGUGUAUUCCAAGUUCCUUUUAUCAUAAAACAUGUAACGAACUCGAAUAUAAAUGGUGUCUUCAAACACGUAGAUUAAAUAUCUUCUUUUCACUUGAACUCUCAAGAGAAUUGGAACAUCAUCCCUGGACUGAGAAAUUACUCAGAAGUAAAAUCUGCAAGUUCUUGAAAUAAAAAAGAAGUGCAUGUUUACACUGUCAAGGAAUCUGAUGGUGACCGU